AUGGAUUCGACAAAACUUUGGUCCUUAAAAGAUAAAGCAGGCAAUGAGCCUAUUGAUGCUGAUAGGAAUUGUAUUGAAAAGUUAUCAAGGGACCACUUGUUUCCUUGUCCUCGCACAAUCGAAGAAUUGAAAAUGCCAACAAAGUCUACUGCACCAAGGGAGAUGAAUAGCUUUAUCGUUUUCCGUCGACAGCUCGCACAUGUUGCGAAAUUAGCAAAUUUAUCUGACGACGGAAAAAACCUAUCUCGCUUUGCAUCAUACAUUUGGCAUGGGGCUUCCCUCGACGAAAAAGAAGGUUAUGCAAGAAUUGCUCGAGUGCUUAAACAGAAACACAAAGAAACAUAUCCAGAUUACACAUAUGAAAGACGAAAGAGAAAAACUUUCGAUGGCGACUUUAUUCUAACUACGCCCGAUUCUCUUAUUAAGAAAAAAAAAUCUAAAAGAAAAGCCAAGAAGACUUUACCUGUACUUCCAGUAAGUACGGAAUCUAGCCCUCCUGCUCAAGAACAAGAGCAACAUGAGAGUAUCUCUCCUAAAUCUAUAGAACUUGGUGAACCGCAGGACUAUAUUGCACAAAGUUCUGACAUGAUCCUUAAUCCAUGUAUCGGAAUCGAUUUCGAUUAUUUAACACCCAUAACACCCAUGAUCCCACAAGAAUCACCACGAAAUGAAUGGUACCCGGAUUUCAACAAUGGAGAUCAAAGUGCUGGUUUUUACUUUUUCCCUUCAUUAUAUUAUGAUUAUCAAAACCUUGAUUGGUUUAAGAAGCCUUACGACGGUUAG